UUCGAACCGCAGGUCUGGUGUUAUAAAUAGAGCAGGAUGGCAGCGGGUGUCGGCAUCGCUCCAUGAGCUCAGUGAGAAAGAUGCUGCAGCAAGCUCUCCGAGUGUCCGGCAGAACCGCCUCCCCCCUGCUCAAGUGGAUGGAGAAGUGGGCCGAGAGCGCAGCGAGGGGUCCGGAGGGGACCGUGCUCAGGACCCUGGACCAAAUGCCCGGACCGUCAAUCGCCAGCUUCGCCUGGGACUUGUUCGCCAGAGGAGGGAUGACCAAGCUGCAUCAGCUACAGGUGAAUGGCUUGCAGAAGUACGGCCCCAUGUGGAAGGCGCGGUUUGGUCCCAUCCUGACAGUUCAUGUGGCGGAUCCGGCUCUCAUCGAGCAGGUCAUGAGGCAGGAAGGUCUUCACCCCAUGCGCUCUGAAUUCUCCUCCUGGAAGGACUACCGGCAGCUCAGAGGGCAGCACUAUGGACUCCUGACGUCUGAGGGAGAGGAGUGGCAGGCUGUGAGAAGUCUCUUGGGGAAGCACAUGCUGCGGCCCAAGGCAGUGGAAGCCUACGAUCAUACCUUAAAUGCCGUGGUCAGUGACCUCAUAAGCAAGCUUCGCCUCCGCAGACAACCUCAAGGCCUCAUCACGGACAUCGCCAGCGAAUUCUAUUACUUUGGUCUUGAGGGUAUUUCUUCGGUGCUCUUUGAGUCCAGAAUUGGGUGUCUGGAUCCGGUUGUUCCCAAAGAAACCAAGCAUUUCAUCAGUUCUAUCAACAACAUGUUUUGCAUGACGCUUCCAACCAUGGUGAUGCCGCGAUGGCUCCACCAGCUCUUCCCUAGACCCUGGGACCGCUUCUGCAAGAGCUGGGACUGCAUAUUUAACUUCGCUAAGGGACAUAUUGAUCAACGUCUGACUGCAGAGGCGGAGAGAAUCAAUCGUGGGGAGAAAGUGGAGGGCCGCUAUCUCACCUACUUUCUGUCCCAGACUGAGCUGCCAAUGAAGACGGUCUACAGCAACGUCACCGAGCUGCUGCUGGCUGGAGUUGACACUAUCUCCAGCACCAUGACUUGGUCGCUGUAUGAACUCUCCCGUCACCCCGAGCUGCAGGCUUCCAUCCGAGAGGAAGUUUUAAAUGUCCUGGAGUCUCGACGUGUGCCAGCUGCCGCAGACGUAGCACGAAUGCCUCUGCUCAAGGCCACCGUCAAAGAAGUGCUGAGAUUGUAUCCAGUCAUUCCUGCCAAUGGAAGAGUCAAUAGUGAAAGAGACAUCCAGGUUGGAGGCUACCUCAUCCCUAAAAACACUCUGAUUACUCUUUGCCAAUUUGCAACAUCACGAGAUCCAGCUGUGUUUCCAAACCCAGACCGGUUCCAGCCCCAGCGCUGGCUAAAUAAGGACCAGACGCAUCACCCCUACGCCUCUCUUCCCUUUGGUGUGGGGAAGCGCAGCUGCAUAGGCCGUCGCAUCGCAGAGCUGGAGCUCUACCUCGCUCUUGCCAGGAUUCUAAUGGAGUUUGACGUCAGGCCAGACCCAGAAGGAGCGACUGUGAAACCCAUGACACGGAUGGUUCUAGUUCCUGCAAAUGUCAUUAACCUGCAGUUUGUUGAACGAUGACCCGCCCGUUCAGUUCUGGUGAAAUGAACGUGAGCCCCUCUGUGGACCCGGACAGGAGCAGCCAUUCACAAAGGAACUGUGACACUUGCUGGAUCAUGACCGAGCAGAUAUAUCUCAACUCACAGGGGACCAAAGGCCUUUUGUGUAUAGUUUAUAGGCGCUGCAAUUGCCCGAACAGGACCGAGGACCGAGCCCUAAAGUCCUACCCCUCUGCCCCUUUAUUGCUUAUUUGCACAAUGAGGAGCACGCCAGAAGACUCCUUAAUAUAUUCCUCCAAGUGUAUUUUUGUCACUGAUGUUAGUUUUUGAUGUUGUUUCGCCAUUGUAUUUGAGAGUCGAAGGAAUUGGACGAUUGUGCCUUUACAGUGCUUGAUUGUGCUGGUAUAAACCGGAGCAGUAACUCUCUAUUAACUGAAGGUUUUAGGUUCAAGUGGACUGAUUGUUGGCAUUCUGUUUAACCUUCAUUUGUUGAAGUAAAGUCUCGUAACAGCAGAGUACAGGAAUGUGCUGGAUUUUACACGGCAACUGGGCUUUUGUUUGGGUCUUGAAAAUGUUUCUGAAUCAUUCUCUUUUGAAAUGUCCAGCUGGCUCACUGAAAUACUGAAGAAGACUUACAUAGGUGUUUUUAAAUCUUCACAAAAUGGCAGCUUUGAAUCUUUCCUGCACUUUGUCUAUCAAGGUUUUUGAGAUGCAUCUGUGACACCGUACGCUAUCAUUUUUAUGUUUGACCGUUGCCUUUGUCUUCACGUAUGUUGUAAUUCUCUGUGUAUUCUA